AGGAGUGGGAGGGACUCCGGAGCAGCAGCGCGUUUCUCACACCCGCAGCCUUCCAGGCAGUCUUCCUCCAGUGUCUGCCAGCCAGACCCCAAGACAGAGCACAGCAGUGCACAGCCUGGGGACUCAGCCGAGCUAGGACACCUGCAGCCCGGUGCCCCGGUGGCCCUGACCUCGCAUGACCGCACGAUGACACCCGGUCACCAGUGUCCUUGAGUUGGCAGGAGGAGCAGAUAUUCAUCAGUCUAUAUCAACACCAACUAGUGAGCAGGAAACCUCACCAGAGCCCAAGGAACACCAUGUUCUGCAGGAAGUUCAAGGAUCUCAAGAUCACAGGGGAGUGCCCUUUCUCCUUACUGGCCCCUGGUCAGGUUCCAAAAGAGCCGACAGAGGAGGUAGCAGGAGGCUCUGAGGGCUGCCAGGCCACUCUGCCCAUCUGCCAGGACAUUCCUGAGAAGAAUGCACAAGGGAAUCUUCCCCAAAGAAAGACAAGCCGCAACAGAGUCUACCUACACACUCUGGCAGAAAGUAUUUGCAAGCUCAUCUUCCCAGAGUUUGAGCGACUGAACCUUGCACUUCAGAGAACACUGGCAAAGCAUAAGAUUAAAGAAAGCAGGAAAUCUUCAGAAAAAGAAGACCUUGAAAAAAUAAUUGCAGAACAAGCAAUUGCAGCAGGAGUCCCGGUGGAGGCGCUCAAAGAUUCUCUAGGUGAGGAGCUGUUCAAGAUCUGUUAUGAGGAAGAUGAGCACAUCCUGGGCGUGGUUGGCGGCACACUGAAGGACUUCCUGAACAGCUUCAGCACGCUCCUGAAGCAGAGCAGCCACUGCCAAGAGGCAGAGAAGAGGGGGCGACUGGAAGAUGCCUCCAUCUUAUGCCUGGACAAGGACCCUGACUUCCUAAAUGUUUACUACUUCUUUCCCAAGAGAACCACAGCCCUGCUUCUCCCCGGCAUCAUUAAAGCGGCUGCUUGGAUAUUGUACGAAAGCCAUGUGGAGGUGUCUCUGAUGCCUCCCUGCUUCAGAAGUGACUGCACCGAAUUUGUGAAUCAGCCCUAUCUGCUCUACUCUGUCCAAGUGAAGAGCACCAAGCCUUCGCUGUCCCCAGGAAAGCCCCAGUCCUCGCUUGUCAUCCCCGUUUCACUCUUCUGCAAGACCUUCCCGUUCCACUUCAUGCUGGACCGGGACCUGGCCAUCCUGCAGCUGGGCAAUGGCAUCAGAAGGCUGGUGAACAAGAGGGACUUCCAAGGGAAGCCCAACUUUGAAGAGUUCUUUGAAAUUCUGACUCCCAAAAUCAACCAGACAUUUAGUGGCAUCAUGACAAUGUUGAAUAUGCAGUUUGUCAUACGAGUGAGGAGAUGGGAUAACUCUGUGAAGAAAUCAUCAAGGGUUAUGGAUCUCAAAGGCCAAAUGAUCUACAUUGUUGAAUCCAGUGCCAUCUUGUUCUUGGGAUCACCCUGUGUGGACAGAUUGGAAGAUUUCACAGGGCGAGGGCUCUAUCUGUCUGACAUCCCAAUUCAUAAUGCCCUGAGAGAUGUUGUCUUGAUAGGGGAACAGGCACGGGCUCAAGAUGGCCUUAAGAAGAGGUUGGGGAAGCUGAAGGCCACCCUGGAGCAUGCCCACCAAGCUCUGGAGGAGGAGAAGAAGAAGACAGUGGAUCUUCUAUGCUCUAUCUUUCCCUGUGAGGUUGCUCAGCAGCUGUGGCAAGGACAAAUUGUGCAAGCCAAGAAGUUCAGUAACGUCACCAUGCUCUUCUCAGAUAUUGUAGGGUUCACUGCCAUCUGCUCUCAGUGUUCACCCCUGCAGGUCAUCACCAUGCUCAACGCUCUCUAUACUCGCUUUGACCAGCAGUGUGGAGAACUGGAUGUCUACAAGGUGGAGACCAUUGGGGAUGCAUACUGUGUGGCAGGGGGAUUGCACAGGGAGAGUGAAACCCAUGCUGUCCAGAUAGCACUGAUGGCCCUGAAGAUGAUGGAACUCUCCAAUGAGGUUAUGUCUCCCCACGGAGAACCCAUCAAGAUGCGAAUUGGACUGCAUUCUGGGUCAGUGUUUGCUGGAGUUGUUGGCGUAAAAAUGCCCCGCUACUGCCUAUUUGGAAACAAUGUCACUCUGGCUAACAAAUUUGAGUCCUGCAGUGUGCCCCGGAAAAUCAAUGUCAGCCCCACAACAUACAGGUUACUCAAAGACUGCCCUGGUUUUGUAUUCACCCCGAGAUCAAGGGAGGAGCUUCCACCCAACUUCCCUAGUGACAUUCCUGGAAUCUGUCAUUUUCUGGACGCUUAUCAUCAACAAGGGCCUAGUUCUCAGCCGUGGUUCCAGCAGAGAGAGGAGGAGGAUGGGAAUGCCAACUUCUUAGGCAAAGCGUCAGGAGUAGAUUAGUGAGUCCCAUGCUUCUCUGUUUGACUCCGCUGAGGACUUGCAGAACCUCUGGAAUGACUUUAGGAUUACAGAAGAUGGAAAGCAGUGUUAAAGGUUCAGGACAAAGUCCUUGUCUCCUCUGCCUCCCGUUUAACAUGACACACACACACACACACACACACACACACACACACACACAAAUAUUCACUUCAACUCUUCAACCUUCUUCUAUUUAAGAAACAAACAAACCUCAAAAGUGACUUUUGGGGACAUGGUUUUGUUCUAGAACAAUCACUACCUGCACUCAAAAUCCAGCACAUUGUACAUAUCCCAGGCAAUUGUAGUCAAGUGCAACUGUAUAAAGCAAUGGAUUCUUCUGCAGCCUGUGCCCAGUGCAACGCUGUGUUUAUUAAAGUGUGUUUGUGAUAGUGUCGCCUUUAAAGUCUCUGAGUAGAAAUGACAGUGUUUAAUUCUAUAAGAGCUUCUGGACUUUCAGCUCUGCCUCUGAAUAGAUCUCCUCAUUUAACCACAGUGUAUGUAACACAAUAGGCCCGCCCCUUCCUUUCAGCUAUAUCUUUGUGUAUGUGUGUAUUUGCGUAUGUCUUUUCUUUUCUUUUCUUUCCCCUCUUUUCCUUCCCUCCUUCUUUUCCUUCCUUCCUUCCUUCCCUUCCUUUCUUCCUUCCUUUCCCUCCUUUCUUCCUUUCCUUCCUUCCUUCUUUCCUUCCUUCCUUCCUUCUUUCCUUCCUUCCUUCUUUCUUUUUUUAGAAAAUAAGCAAUUAGACAUUAGAUUAAAAUGUAGUAUGAAAUAGUUCUACAAUUAUUAAAGAAUAUUUUCAUGUUUGACACUAAAAAUAUUCUCCGUAACACAAUAUAUCAUAAAACAAACGCUUUUUUUUGUUUUGAUUCCAUAUGUGAUAAAGUCUGUUUUACUUACUAAUGAAAAUUUACUUCCUAUUAAUCCAUGUAAAAGAUACUAACAGCAAACAUUUCAGAAUAAAAAGACUUACAGCCGGAGUUAAAAUAUAAUACUAUUCUAAUUCAGUUAAAGCAAUGUGACAUGCGAUUGAAGUUUGCAUACCGAGAGUCUGCAGUAGAGCACAGUGGUGAAGUGUUCUCACACACACAUGUCCAAAUGAUCCUCUACUGCCAUGUUGAGCCAUAAAUCCCAAGGGGAAAAGUUUUAGCUUCGAAGUAGAGAAUGGGUCUUAUUUUAAUCUUUUUUUGAUAGCUUCUUAAAUAUUUCUGCUGACCAUUUUAGAGUAUGUGUUAAGAAUCAAGUUUUGUAUUAUUUGGUGUAUAUCUGUGAAGUGUUUAUUCUAGUUAAAAUAUCUUAAUGGCAUUUUCUAAAGAAAGCACUAAUACCAAUGGAGGAACCCUUGUGUGGUUUCAUUGUGGGAAUUUGUAUAUGUUUUUCUGGAGUCUGAACUAAUUUCCUGCCCCUCCCAUGCCUUUCUUCCCCUCUCAUUGCACAUGGAUGUGUGAUUCUGGGGACUGAACACAGAGCUUGUGCAUGCUAGGCAAGUGCUCUGUUCCUGAGUGACUCCAUCACCAUGGAGCUUAGAUUUUAUUGCUAAUGAUGUCAGUUUAUAUUCUCCCCACUGUUAAGUCCCAGUGUUCAAUUUGGUAAAAGGAUAUGACUUUAAAACAGAUGCACAGUUGGGUUUUUGAACUGGUAUUAGCAGCACUAUAGAUGUUCUGAUUUUUUGUGAAAGGAUUUGAAAAGAAAAUCAGUUUAAAAGUCCUUUACUACCUCCACUAGUCUCCAGGCAUCGGGAGUAAUAGUCAUCACUUGCCUGGCUCUAGUUUCCCAGGGGUACGAUAAAGCACUCCAGUGGAUUUCUUUAAAGGUUGGUAGUGUCUUAUUAAACACUCACUCAUUUGCUCUUUCUGGAAUUAAAAUUCAUUACAAGGAAAGUAAUAGGAAUUACAGGCAAUUAGAAGCAUCAAACAGGACAUCGUUCUCAUCACCUGUGUAUUUAGGAAGUUGCUAUGUUAGUAAUAAUCUGAUUCAGAGCUUGUACAUUAAUUAGAAUUCCACACUGCCUUUUAGGGAUGGAGAUAGAGCUCAGCGGCAGAGCAACCGCCUAGCAUGUAUGCUGUCCUGAGUUCCAACCCAAGCGGUGGGAAGAAACUCUGUGUCUCUCUCAUGUGCAUAUGACAUACAAUCACUCUCACCUCUGCCACCUGUGUACACCUGGAGCAAAUGGAGGGGUUUACUGUAUAUAAUCCAAGUAAAAGAUGUAUGGAAGCUCCAUGUAUGAUUCCUGUAACUUUUCUAUUAUUUUGGCAUUUUAUCUAAAUAAAAAUUAUCUAUGAAAAAUUA